AAGUCGACGUUUGUUCCUUGGAGAAGGUUAAGAGAAACGAUGUCUUCGGGGUUUUUAGUGACGCUGCCACUGCAGUUGGCCUGCCAAAUGAUCAACGGAGGGAAUCCAAACUUCGAGAACAUUUCCUUCGUGUUCAACAAGACGACCCCGUUGCCGGAGGGCUACACGGAUUUCCCUGACGUUGGAUUCGCCUACAAGUACUACGCGACUAAAAUGACCUGGAACACAGCCCGUAAACAGUGCAUAACGGAGGGUGGAAGCCUGGCCGUGAUUGACUCCUUGGACAAGGUCAAACACAUCUCAAGCCUCAAGGAGAAGAGCGUGAACGUCCACGUGGGUCUUCACAGACUGUUCAACGCCGCGGUAUGGACGAGCGUGAGAAGCGGUCAGCCCGUCGGUUUCGUACCCUGGAAGCCAGAGGCGAACGCGAAAGCAGGUGUCGGAAACUGCGCCGUUUUGUGGUCCGACGGAAGCGGAGUUAGUCCGUCCAAGUGCAAUGAAGAGAAGCCAUCCGUUUGCGAGAUUCCGUUGUCCAAGAAGUACCAGCGCAAGGUGGCGACGCUCCAGAACGUCGAAUCGUUGCGACAGUCUAAAGUAUCAGUGGACACGAGGCGCGUGGUAUAAUCGUAGUGUGGAAUCACUGUCUACAACAAUAUUGUGACACACUUGUGAGUAAAUAAAAACUGU